CAAGCGACUGCCGUUCAACUCGUAAAUCAGACUCAUCUUCAACAGAAACCAGUUCAACAGCCAAUUCCCUUUACCUCUUCAUCAUUAUUUCCCUUUCCCUUCUUAUCUCUUGUAUCACUCAUUUUUGUUUUCAUGAUUGAUAUUACACAACAACUCCAGAACGAGACAGCCAGCAGUAAGGGGCGUGAGAGAGCGAAGAGAGAGAGAGGGACGUUAAGUAAAUGCUCUCUAACGCGAAUACUGAAGUUAAGCGCGCUGAGUAUCGACGCGCAUGCUUUAAAGGAACAACUGAAUAUUCAAAGUUCAAUUCAUAGAGAAGACAGUAAUUCUAUGAACCGACAAAAAUACGACGAUUUUGAAGAUUUUAAAUUCGGAGAAAACACUGCAGGUAAUUUUUGCCCUUUUCAGCUUAAAGGAUUACGUAAAAACGAUGCAAGGGAUCACCGAAAAAAACAAGAAAAAAAAGAGAUGAUAAAUUUCUCUGAUAGUGAGCUCAAUUUACACAAGUCGAGAAGGCCUUACUUUCGGAAGCCGUGUCUUGUCAUGAGCAGGCUCUCAACCGAAUGUGUCAUGACCCGAUUAAAACGAUUCAAAAAAAUAUCCAUCUUAUCUACAACCGGAAACUAUGACAAGAGAAUUUUCAAAAUCGAAAAUAUGGACGAGCGGAAGAAUACGAAUUGA